GUCCUGGGAGAUCGGUGGGCAAACAUCUGUAGGUGGACAGAAGAUCGCUGGGUUCUUUUACAAGACAUCCUUCUAAAAUGGCAACGUUUUACUGAAGAACAGUGCCUUUUUAGUACAUGGCUUUCAGAAAAAGAAGAUGCAGUGAACAAGAUUCACACAACUGGCUUUAAGGAUCAAAGUGAAAUGUUAUACAGUCUUCAAAAGCUGGCCGUUUUAAAAACAGAUCUAGAAAAGAAAAAGCAAACCAUGGACAAACUCUGCUCACUCAACCAAGAUCUUCUUUCAACACUGAAAAAUACAUCAGUAGCCCAAAAGAUGGAAGCAUGGCUCGACAGCUUUGCCCAGCGCUGGGAUAAUUUAGUCCAAAAACUUGAAAAGAGUUCAGCACAGAUUUCACAGGCUGUCACCACCACUCAGCCAUCACUAACGCAGACAACUGUAAUGGAAACGGUAACUAUGGUGACCACAAGGGAACAAAUCCUGGUAAAGCAUGCCCAAGAGGAACUUCCACCACCACCUCCGCAAAAGAAGAGGCAGAUUAUUGUGGAUUCCGAAAUUAGGAAAAGGUUGGAUGUCGAUAUAACUGAACUUCACAGUUGGAUUACUCGUUCAGAAGCUGUGUUGCAGAGUCCUGAAUUUGCAAUCUAUCGGAAGGAAGGCAACUUCUCAGACCUUAAAGAAAAAGUCAAUGCCAUCGAGCGAGAAAAAGCCGAGAAGUUCAGAAAACUGCAAGAUGCCAGCAGAUCAGCUCAGGCCCUGGUGGAACAGAUGGUGAAUGAGGGUGUUAAUGCCGACAGCAUCAAACAAGCCUCAGAACAACUGAACCGCCGGUGGAGUGAGUUCUGCCAAUUGCUAAGUGAGAGACUUAACUGGCUGGAGUAUCAGAACAACAUCAUCACUUUCUAUAAUCAGCUACAACAAUUGGAGCAGAUGACAACGACUGCUGAAAACUGGUUGAAAACCCAACCCAUCACCACAUCAGAGCCAACAGCAAUUAAAAGCCAGUUAAAAAUUUGUAAGGAUGAAGUCAGUCGGCUGUCAGCUCUUCAGCCUCAAAUCGAGCGAUUAAAAAUUCAAAGCAUAGCCCUGAAAGAGAAAGGACAAGGGCCAAUGUUCCUGGAUGCAGACUUUGUGGCCUUUACAAAUCAUUUUAACCAAGUCUUUGCUGAUGUGCAGGCCAGAGAGAAAGAACUACAGACAAGUAAGUAAAAAUACUUAAAAUGACUAACUUG